AUGAACAAAUUGUCGCGACGAGAAGAUGGGAGGAGGAGCGUUCCUGUUUCGCGUCUCACGAGCUCUCUGAUCGCACACACGAGAAGGUCGCAUACCGUCGUAGGGUUUCAUGAUCAGCGCCAGGAAGGAGCGCUUCAGUUUCGUGAGGUCGAUUACGCGAAGCAAAUGCGGGAGCUGCUGGAGCGGAGCAACAGGAUGCACGAGCUUACUGAGGAGUACGAGCUGAGAAAGCAGAAAGAAAAGCCAGCUGGGAUAGACGAGUAUGAGACAAGAGUCGCCAAGGAGUGUGAUGAGAUGUUCUCUCGGUACACCUUCCUUGACCCUGGCUCCUUGUCUGCCGCAGCUCAGGAUGUGUGUCAGUCAACGACUGCAGAAUAUCGAUGUGCAAGCAACGGCAGCAGCUUCGCCAGAACAAGUUUGUCGACGACGAGCUUUGACGAGAUGUCAAGCUUGAUGCAGAUGGCGAAGUACGAAACAUUGAGAGCGAGGGCAAGAAGGAACUCAGAGACUUUGAGGUCAAGACGUGAUUGGCAAGGCAGCGAAAAGGAACUGCCGCAGGUUCACUUCGGGACCAGCUUGAGCUUCAAGAAGCACAGGGAGCAAGUGAAUCCUAACGGCAUGAGAGAUCUGCGCGUGGGGAUCGAGGUCGUGAAGGCAUACAGCAUCAUACACAUGCGAUCAGUCAUCAGCUCAAUCACGAGCAAGUCACAAGAAUCGACUCAACACGAUUACGAACGACUGAGAAAGUACCUCGAGAAGGUCAAAAGCGCGACGGUCAUGAAACACUUCACGUUUCUUGGACUCUUCGGAAAGAGGCAGUUUGCAGAGACAAGACACUGCCGUCACAACGACACGGGCAUUCAUGUUGCGAUUGAUAUCAUGAAGAAGAGUGAGCUUGAAGAGAUGCACAUGGCGGACAAGAUUACAAGACAACUGAUGUUGCUCAAAGACCUCAGGCAUCCCAACGUCGUUGAAUUCAUCGGAGUGAUCGACACAAAAAAUCUCCUACUGCAAGUCAUGGAGCCGCUCUAUGGGGAUCAUACGAUCUUGGCGGUUGACUACAUUCACUCCUGCGGGGUCAUUCAUCGAGACGUGAACCCGGCAAACCUGGUGCUGGAUCACCUCGGGCAUCUGAAACUGACGUCCUUCUCCUGCGCUAAGAAGACGUUCGGAAGACGAUGCGGCUCAAUGGUUGGAAGUCCGCAGUAUCAAGCGCCGGAGGUGGGGGAUAGGAUGUUGCCUCUUCCAGUUCGCCACGGGUGA